AUGUUGGUCAGAUCAAACUGGAUUUUUCAGCAGAAGGAGAGGAGGAGACUUAGAGGGCUGCUCACUUCCUCCUUAUAAACAGUGAUCAUAAAGGUGCGGCUUUUACACCUCAGCUUCUCCAUCAACAUCCAGCAGUCACUCAGUUCAGCAACAAAACAGUGAUCAUGGUGGUCCACAAAGAGUUCCAGACUGCAGGGAAAGAGCCAGGCCUGCAGAUAUGGAGAGUGGAAAAUCUGGACCUGGUGAAAGUACCCAAGCAGCUCUAUAGCAACUUCUAUAUCGGAGAUGCCUACAUUCUCCUCUACACCACUCCUGCUCCAUCCCAUGCCAUCCACAUGUGGCUUGGGGAUGAGUGUUCCCAGGAUGAGAGUGGAGCUGCAGCAAUCUUUGCUACCCAAUUGGAUGACUUCUUGGGUGGGAGUCCAGUUCAAUUCCGUGAGGUCCAGAACAACGAGUCCCUCACCUUCCUCAGCUACUUCAAGUCCGGUCUCAAGUAUAAGCAAGGUGGUGUGGCCUCUGGCUUUCGACACGUGGUGACCAACGAUAUGGAUGUGAAGAGAUUACUCCAGGUUAAAGGGCGGAGGGUGAUCCGUGCCACUGAGGUUCCUCUGUCAUGGAGCAGCUUUAAUCGCGGAGACUGCUUUAUCAUCGACCUGGGCAAGGACAUCUAUCAGUGGUGUGGCAGGGAUUGUAACCGAUUUGAGCGUAUGAAAGCGUCUCAGGUAGCCAUCGACAUCCGUGAUAACGAGCGUAAUGGUCGUGCAAAGUUGCACAUGGUUGAGGACGACUCGGAGCCGGAGGCCGUUAUUGCUGCUCUUGGACCCAAAACUGAGAUCCCAGGAGGAAGUCCUGAUGAGGAGGUUGUUGACGGAGCCAGCAAGAAGGGCACUCUUUACAUGGUUUCUGAUGCUGCAGGCUCCAUGAAGACUUCUGUGGUGGCUCAGAGCAGCCCAUUCAAACAGGCGAUGCUUUCUCCCAGUGAAUGCUACAUCCUUGACAAUGGGACUGAUGGCAAAAUCUUCUUGUGGAAAGGUCCCAAAGCCAGUGACACUGAACGUAAGGCAGCCAUGAAAGCUGCAGAGCAAUUUAUCAUAGACCAUAACUACCCUAAAAACACAAUGAUCCAGUUGUUGCCUGCAGGCGGUGAGACCACCCUGUUUAAACAGUUCUUCAGCAACUGGAAGGAUAAAGAUCAGAGCACUGGCCCUGGGAAGGUAUACACUAUUGGGAAAAUUGCCAAAGUGGAGCAGAUCCCCUUUGAUGCAUCCAGCCUGCACUCUAGCAAAGCCAUGGCUGCUCAACACGGCAUGGUGGACGACGGCUCGGGCAAAGUGCAGGUGUGGCGAGUUGAAGGUGGGGAUAAAGUUCCUGUGGACGCAUCCACCUACGGUCAAUUCUAUGGAGGUGACUGCUAUCUGAUCCUUUACAGCUACAAUCAGGGAGGCAAAGAGCAGCAUAUCAUCUAUACUUGGCAAGGACUGAAGUGCACACAGGAUGAGUUGGGGGCCUCUGCCUUUUUAACAGUCAAAUUGGAUGAGUCCAUGGGAGGAUCUCCUGUGCAGGUUCGUGUCACUCAAGGCCAGGAGCCACCCCAUUUGAUGAGCCUGUUUAAAAGCAAACCGAUGAUCAUCUUCUUGGGCGGGACUUCACGAAAAGGCGGGCAGAGCAGUACAGCAAGCACACGUCUCUUCCACAUCCGCCAGAGCUCCACCCGUGCUACACGUGCUGUUGAAGUGAAGCCCUCUGCUGAAAAGCUGAACUCCAAUGAUGUGUUUGUACUGAAGACUCCAGACUCCAUAUUUCUGUGGAAAGGAGUUGGGGCCACAGAUGAGGAGGUAGAUGCUGCCAAACAUGUCUGCAGCUUCCUGGGUGGCAGUUCUACUGCAGUGGCAGAGGGGAAGGAACCAGCUGGAUUCUGGUCUGCUCUUGGUGGGAAGAAGGACUAUCAGACCUCGGUCAGUCUGCAGAAGACAGUUAAACCACCUCGUCUGUUUGGCUGCUCUAACAAAACCGGCCGUCUCAUAACAGAGGAAGUGCCAGGAGAGUUCACUCAGGUUGAUUUGGCCACAGAUGAUGUCAUGAUUCUGGACACCUGGCACCAGAUCUUUAUCUGGAUUGGUAAUGAUGCCAACGAAGUGGAGAAGAAUGGAGCACAUAAAAUAGCUACUGAAUAUGUGAACUCAGACCCGUCUGGCCGUUGUGGCACUCCAAUCAGCAUCAUAAAGCAAGGCCAGGAGCCAUCCACUUUCACUGGCUGGUUCCAGGCCUGGGAUGCUCAACUGUGGUAUAAAGACCCUCUGAAAUGUAUCUGUGCCAAAUUCUGAACACACUCAUACACACACAGUUUACAUGGCUUCCCUAAUAGACGCAAGUGCUGCUGUUUGCCAAAAGACAAGUUUGCUAUCUGAAAGAGCUAAAGAUUAAAAGCAAAAAAAAAUGUAAUGAAAUUAUGCACUAGGCACUAUAUACACUGUCAAGCCUAUUCUUCUUGAAAUAUAUGCUUUUAUAUGCCCAUGUUUUGAAAACGUACUAAGCGUAGAGUUUAAAAUAAAAAUUUAUCCUGAACCUAAAUGUAAGAACGUAAUUUUCUCUCUAUCUGGAAUGUAAAUGUGGAGUUCAUAAUCAUGAGCAUUCAAACUGAAAUACUGAAAAGUUGACUUUCAAAAAUUGUUAACAGAGCCAGUAUCAAAAUUUUAUAUAAUAAUUUAUAUCAUUUACCAGGAUAAUGUGAACACAUUACACAUAUUGAAAUAUUCUGCUUCACAAUAAAAUGGGCACCUUGAAACAA